AUGGACUAUAAAGCAGUUGCCCAGCAAACUGCUCAAGAAGUUGUAGGUUACAGUCAAGAUACAGAGGGCUGGAAAGUGGUGAAAACUUCAAAAAAGAUAACUGUUUCCAGCAAGGCUUCUAAAAAAUUCAAUGGAAAUAUCUAUCGUGUCGAAGGGAUACUUCCACAAUCAGCAAGUAAACUAUCUGAAUUUCUGUAUGUACCUGAACACAGAGUCAUGUGGGAUAAGUCAUUGAAAGUGUACAAUAUGGUACACAGGAUUGAUUCGGACACAUUCAUAUGUCAUGCCAUUACACAAAGUUUUGCCAUGGGCUCAAUCUCCCCCCGAGACUUUGUUGACUUAGUGCACAUCAAGCACUAUGAAGGAAAUACCGUGAUUAUCAGUUCUAGUAGUGUGGAUUUUCCAGAAUAUCCUCCAUCUUCAAAUUAUAUCCGUGGUUACAACCAUCCUUGUGGCUAUGUAUGUUCACCUCUGCAAGAGAACCCAGCAUAUUCCAAACUAGUGAUGUUUGUCCAGACAGAAAUGAGAGGAAAAUUGUCCCCAUCGAUAAUUGAAGCAACCAUGCCUUCCAACUUAGUAAGCUUCAUCCUCAAUGCAAAAGAUGGAAUAAAGGCACUCAGAAAUACACCAGGAUGUGCGUGCCAUCACAAGGGUCAUUCGUCAUUCUUAAAGAAGAAAUGA